AUGUACGUGGAGAAACCAGACGUGGCCCGUGAAGACGUUGCAUUCGUUUUUCAAAUGCUUGAAUCGGAUUCGCAAAUUCUAAAAUUCGAGGAAGGACUCGAAGAUUAUAUCGAAAAUUCGUUUGUGAGCAAUCAGAAGUAUCGCGAAGCUUUUAAAAACACAAUUCUGCUCGCAAUUCGCGAUGAUUGCAUUGUUACGGUUUUAAUGGCUGGAGUAAUGCCUUUAUUGAAUAUUGAUCUCUCAAAAACAUUAGAAAAGUAUGGAUUAUCUCCUGUAAUGGUUUAUGAUGCGUGUUAUUCUCGGACUGCCGGUGGAAUUACAAUUGCUGCAACGACUUGUGGUCCUAAGCCACAAUUCAAAAAAGAAAAGAACUUUGGAAUUCCCACUGACGAACCCGGCGAUUAUGCGGUACACACCCAUUUAUUUUGCUACAAAUUCGAAAUUCUUGAUCAGUAUUGGGAUUUAGCUUUACGAUUCCUCCGUUUAUGUUAUGGAUUUGGACUACUCAAGUGUAGUUACGAUUCGUUUGUUAAAGAAUGGGAGCCGCAUAUGCAGAUUUUAACAAAUCGUUUUGAGACCGGCUCAGCCAAUGUAAGAAUUGGAGAAUUGCUCAUCGACAUGCUGCUUUCAGGAACAACUGAGCCUGCUGGAGAAGCAUUUUUAGAGCGUGGAAUGGGUGUCGAUGGCCUCAACGGAAUCCGAGAUUAUCUCGAUAAACAUUUGAUCGAGGUAAUUCGAAUCAUUCGCGGUCAGGUACAGGCGCUGGUACGAAACAUGACUUUUCAAUCGGACGAAUUUGAAGCAGUCUCGAGAUCAAUAAUGGAAGAAUUGUAUUUAAACGUUAACCGAAACGAAGUGCUCAAUCUUCCAUUCCAACAGGAUAUCGAUUCGGAAUUUGUUACAAUGAUAAGAAGAAAUCCGAUUUCUGACAACUUGAGAAAUGUGAGUAAACGUCUAGAGUAUAAAUCGAAACAAAUGCUGCAUUCUGCUGAGAUUAUGAUGCAAGAAAUUGAUCAUUUGUUUAAAUGGCUGUCGGUUUUGAAACCUUUCGCGCGUGCAUUUAAAGCAAAUCUUCUCGUGAAAACGAAACGACUCGAUAUUAACAAAUUGAUGAGGUUUGUCGUCGAAACAUUUGUCACAAAACGCCACAAAGCGAAUUACAAUCUGUUGAUGUUUGAGGUUGAUCGACUUUGUCAAAUUUUGAGACAACAAGAGAAAAAUACGCGAUUCAAUGAAGAAGAAUUUUUCAAAAUGGCAAAAGAGCACGCUGAACAACAACAUAAAGAAUAUUUAAGCCAAUUAAAGGCACUACGUCCGGAUGUUAUUGAAUAUACUGGAAAACGUCCUUCAUUCGCGCCUUCUCCUGAUAACGAUGAUGAUGAGCCUGAUGACGAAAGAAUCAAAGUUGAUUUAGAUCGACUCGGCUCGUUUUUCAAACAUAAUUUUUCUGAGACGGCGAAAAAGGUUCUGAAAGAUUGCAAUACAUUUUUAUCGACAAUUGAACCAACAAUGGUGGUCGAUGGAAAAAUCAAAUUGACGGAAGAAGCGAAACUAACGACAUUUGAACGAGUUUUUAAUGAAUUGGCUCAUACUAUUCUAAAUAAUGCAAAUGUUGUUGACGAACCUCUUUUGAAUCAUCUCAAUUUGCUUUGGAUGUUCGAAAUUGAAUCAUCGGCGCAACAUCAAGGUUUCCAGUAUGUCCGAUUAAACAACUCACGCCCGGAUUAUCGGAAAUUCGAAUCAGAUAGCGAUGAAAUUUUCAAACGUUCGGUUCACGUAACCGCGGCAUCGAAGACAACUUUUCAUUCGCAUGUGAUCAGCUCAAAUGCGGCUGACAAAAUGCGAAAAGAAUUCUUCGAAGGACCAAUUGGACUUUUAUCGGCGGUUUUCAAAAUUGAUGAAUCAGCUGAGGCACCACAAAUUGAAUCCAAUGAUGGUUCCGAAAGGCAAACUGACGAACCGAUGGAAAUUGAUGUGAGUCCUCUAGGUCAAUUGCAAAUUGAAAUCGACGAGCCUUUGCGAAGAUCAAGGUAUAAUCGACUGGUUGCGUUUGAUGCGGUUUUUCCUGGAAAUGACGGAGAAUUAUAUGCAAUUGGAAAAUUCACCGCUGCUGAAGAAUCAUCCGGUGUGAUACCAAGAAUGAUGAAACUCGCAUUGAGUGUAACUCCGAACGAGGAAAGUGUCUGGAUUGUGCAAGAUGAUGAUUACGAUACGUCGGAAGUUCCUGAAAAGGUACAAGUUUGCGAGUCGUUAACUCGUGGAACAUACGUGCACGACGAAGGAACGCGCGUCGCAAUCUUUUCAAUAGAUCACAAAACGUUCGCAAGGAAAUCGAUUGGCAACAAAAUUUCGCGGAAGCAAUUUUCAACACGUAAGAUGACACUAUUUAUUCCAGUCUAUUCACUGUAG